UUUCUUUACUUCCUACCUCUUUCUACCCAUCUCUUUUUCACUCUUUCCUUUCUUCAUCCUCUGCCUUUCUUUCAUUCCUAUCAUCUUCUUCAUCUUUUUCAUUUCUCACAACCACACUAAUUAAUCGAGAUGAAGAACCAGAAUGAGACUGAGAGUCACCACAAGUCGGCAAUACAGAUUACCCAUCCUUUUCAUCAACAACAUCCCUUGGUGUUAGUGGCAGAGCAAAGCAAUGAAGGUCUCAAAGCCCACUGCGAUGGAUGUGGGGAACUGCUUUCAGCUCCAUGCUUCACUUGUAUUCAUUGCAAUUAUCACCUUCACAAGCAAUGUGCAGAGGCACCCUUUUACCUUCCUAAUCACCCUCUCCAUCCCAAGCACUCAAACGAAGGUUUUGUUCUUCGACAAAGGCCAUUAAAAAAUGAUGUCAGGGUAUAUGGUUGUGCAUUAUGCAAGGAAAAACGCAACAUGUUUUUUUAUGAAUGUCAUAGUUGUUGGUUUUCCAUUGACAUCAAAUGUGCUCAAUUAUCUUUUUCAUUUAAGUUUAGCCAACUGUCCAAACAUGACAUCCACCAACAUCCAUUGACCUUCAUAGAAAGUCCCAUGGCCAUAGAUGUAUUCAAAAGAUUCAGCUGCUCCUGGUGUCAUGAACCAUUGACAAAUUUUGUUUCUUUUUGUUCCAAGUGUCCAAUAUUAUUUAUCCUUCAUAAGAAAUGUCUUGAUGAGUUACCUACUAAAAUUAAUCACCCUUCCUAUCACAUACACCCUAUUUUUCUUAAUCGUAGUGAUAGUGGUUGUUUUUGCAACCUAUGCCAAAAGCAACAUUAUGGACCUUUUCAUGGUUGUACUCUUUGCCAUUUUAACAUCAAUAUUGGAUGUGCUCUUCCAAUGUCCAUUGUUGAAGGUAAAAGCUGCCAUCAACACCCAUUCACAUUAUUUCGAAGACGAGGUUCAUUCAUUUGUGAAGCAUGUGGCAUUGAGGGAAAUUAUAUUUCUUAUAUAUGUUCCACAUGCAACGUCAUGGUCCAUAAGAAAUGCACUUCACUCCCUUGUAUUAUCAAAUUUUCUCGACAUGAUCACUGCAUUUUUCACAAAUAUUUUCUUGAAGAUCUUACAAGGCAAGAUUGCAAGAUUUGUUUCAAUGAAGUAAAACUAGAUCGUGGGAGUUACUCUUGUAGAAAGCCAGGUUGCAAUUACGUUGUCCAUGUGAAUUGUGCCUUAGAGGAUGAAAUGUUGUACGAGGUAAUUGAGGAAGAAAAGCAAUGUGAGGAGCUUGAAGAAAAAUCUAUGCAGUCUUCCAUCAUUCGUGUCAUUGAGGUGAAUGAAGCUGGGGAAGCUACAAAGAUUGAACAUUUGAGUCAUCAACAUUGCUUGGUGUUAGAAGAUAAGAUGGAGGAGGAAAUUGAUAGAAAAUGUGAUGGGUGCAUGCUACCUAUCUCAAAUAUUUUCUAUUAUUGUUCAGAAUGCCCCUUUUUUCUUCAUAAAACCUGUGUUGAAUUGCCAAGAUUCAAGCAACAUUGGUUUCGUCAAUGCAAUGCCACCAUCAUUUUCAACAGCUUCAAGUACUGUGACUUUUGUGAUCGACAUUGUAGUGGUUUGUUCUACAAAAUUGGAGAAUUUUGGGACAUGUGCAUAAGGUGUGCUAAAGUUGCUGAUAUCAUUGAAAGUGAAGGACACCAACACUUUCUCUUUUUUGAUUUCAAAUGCAAUGAUGAAUGUAAUGGUUGUGGCGCUGAUAUUGAAGUAGGUGCAUUCAGAUGUGGAAAGUGCAGAUUUGCUUUGGAUUUUGGAUGCUUAACAUUACCACAUUCAGCUCUUCACAAAAUUGAUGAACAUAAGCUAAAGCUUACUUAUCAUGAUGAUAAGGAGCAAAGUUAUUGUGAUAUUUGUGAGCAAUAUAGAGAUCCAAGCCUUUGGUAUUAUUCUUGUUCAAUCUGUGAUGCUUCGGCUCAUAUCGAAUGUGUUCUUGGACAAUUUCCAUUUGUAAAGGAUGGGAGCAUAGUGGAUUCUCAUAGUUACCACAAUCAUCAUCAUGCUCUUAAAUUUUUUAGGAAGGUCGAGGGCUUCUCUGAAUGCUCUUGUUGUGGAAAGUUUUGCCAAGAAGAAAUUCUCAAGUGUGAAAAGUCUACAUGCAACUAUAUUUUCCACUGCAAAUGCCGUUGGGGUUACUAAGCCUAAAGCUUUGUGUGUUCAUGGUUGUAGAUGUGAUUUAUUCAAAUGAAAAGCACCAAAGGAUUUAUUUGAUCAAAGGAGUUCACAAAGAAUUUGGCAUUUCAUUCCUACUUCUUUGAUGAAAGGAUGCUCAAUUCUAAGUGUGAUUUAGUUUCA